UUUUCUUCUCCUUUCCUCUAAAAGGAAGUGUUACUGUAAAUUAGGUGAAAAACUCCAUGCAUUCUAGACAGGAAAGUUUUGCUGAGAUUUUCUUUUUAAACCCUGUACAUUAUGUUGCCACGGGCAGGGCCCAGGAACGAAAACCCCUCUUUGAUGGACAGAAAAGGUUCAGUAGCCGUGCCACAGCUGAGCAACGAGAUGCAGCUGAGCAUCAUGAUGAAAGUGAAGAGUGGGGAGCUGACCAUCGAUGACGCCCUGAACCAGGCCAGGAGGAGCAAUCAGGAGCAGCUAAAGCAAAGCCUGGCCACAGAGGAACAGCAAGUCUCCCAGUACAACUUCAGUGUUUACAAGUACAACCGCUACAGGUGGCAGAAGCGCAUUCUUCAGAUUGACUUCAACACUAAAAUGGUGUGCAGCAUAGAGAAAGGCAUCGUAAAGCGGCAGCUGCCGUUCCUGUGUGUUAAGAGCUGUGAUGACGGAGUUGGGACCAAGUUCUCUAUAUCUUUCAGAGGAAGACAUGACUAUGAGCUGGAGGCCACCUCACUGGAGGACAAACACAAGAUAAUGCAGCUUGUAAACAGGAUAAUCUACAGAAACAUCUACAGACAUCCAGUGGAGGGCAGUGAAGACACGUGUGUGCAUCCCCUGCCUCUAGCACCAAAGAGCCUCAGGGAGGGCCUGCUGUUCCUGCAGAGAGGUGGAUUGGCAUCGUUUAAAUGGGUGAAGUACGAGGCUCACCUUCACCCUGGCAAGCUGACCCUGCUCCCCAUCAGCCGGCGGGGGGUAGGUGCAGAUGGGGACAUGGUCACCUCGUCAUCCUUGCCAGUUGUCAUUCAUUUCUCAGACGGGGAAGCAAGUGUAGAGAAACCACGCAGCUGUGACACCUUCACUCUUUUGACUCACAAGAAUGAGUACCAGUUCCAGGUACCUGUGACAGAACUUUCCAAAAGCACAGAAGCCAUCCAGAAGGAGAGGGAUGCUUGGGUCCAGGCCAUAGAUGAGCUAUGCCUGAACUGGAAACGCACAUCUCAGUCUGAGCACUUCUAUGAGGAAACCAGGGCUUUAAGAAUCUAUGACAAUGUCAAAGAUAUUCUGGAGGAGAACAAGUCCAUUGACGGACAAGGCCUCCGAGGAACAGAUCUUGUCUCCAGUACAGAUAAUCUAUCGGCUGGAGAAAAGAUUGAAAGUAAACCUCCAACCUCGCCUCUCCCAAAACCCUGCAGCCCUGUGAAGUUACUAGUGAAUGUCCCCUUCCCUGGUCCUGUCCUUCCCCCUGCCCCUGCCCCUGAUUCUGUUCCUGGUCUUGCACUUGUUCCUGGUUUUGUCCCUGUUCCUGUCCUGGCACCAGUCCUUGAUCCUGUCCUUGUCCCCGCCACUGUCCCUGUACCCAUUCCCUCAAUGGUGCCAGCUCCCCCCUUCAUUCCUAUGCCCCCUCCAUUGCCCUUUAAGCCCAGUAGAAAACCCCUAACAGAGCGGACCAGGGCCUUCCACUGGGAUGAGGUUGGUUCUGAUAAGAUAGAGAAAUCAUGCUGGACACGGGGAAACGCUGGGAACAUUGAAAUUGACACUUCACGCUUGUAUGAGCAAUUUGCAGUUCAAGAUUUGGGAACAUUUGGCGGGAUCACCGAGCCCAGCAUUAACCUUCACAUCAUGCUCAAUACGAAGGUUGCUCACAACUUUAAUAUUUUCCUCAAAAGUUUCCAUGUGCAGCCAGGAGAACUAAAGGACAAACUGUUCUUGGUUAAUGAGGGUGAGGGAGGCUUCUCUGACGAACAGAUCACUUCCCUGAGGAGAUUUGUACCUACCUCAGACGAUGUGGAAAUGUAUAAAUCUUACAAGGGGUCUGUGUCAGAGCUGCAUGUUGUGGACCAGUACAUGAUGGAGAUGUGCAACAUUCCUUACCUGAACUCCAGACUGGACCUGCUGCUGACUCUAAGAGAGCUGCCUAUAAGCAUGGAGGAUCUGCAGCCGCUGAUUAACCAGAAGAUUAUGAUGUGCACGCAGUUGUACAGCUCCAGGUCGUUUGUCUCCGUGCUGGAGUACCUGCUGGCCAUCGGCAAUUACCUCAAUGAGAACGCAGGGAAGGGAAAGGCCAAGGGAUUCCGCCUCUCCUCCUUAACUAAAACGGAUCUCCCUCCUCCUUCUCGCUCCUUUCAAUUUCUCCUCCUAUCCAUCCUCUGCCUGGUAAGCUGAGUCCAACUCAGGUUGGGUCAUUACCCCUAGUGUGUCUAACUCUGACACGCAGGUAAUUGUAUCACCGCCUGGCUUCACAAAUCAAAUGGAACCUCUUGCCAUGGCACAGAUGCUGGGCUGGUGGACAUUGGACAAGUCUACUGUGAGGUACCCUACAAUUCACAGUGGGCAAUGCAGCGGCAACUUCUUUCACCUUACUGGUCCUUUUCUUUACAUCUCAAUAUUGGUAGUCUUAGAUUAGCCUUGUUUUGGAUUAGACUCCUUGUUUAUUAGAUACAUGUUUUUUUUAUACAUUUUUCUGGGAUAAUUUUAGAUCUCUCUGAACUAUUAGAAUAGGUCUUUCAGCAUAGUAGACGACUCCUUGGCAGUUUCUAUAGACGCUGAGACGCUGCUGUGCUGUACUGAUCCCCUGAUGGGAAGAUUUAAUGGCACUUUGCCCCAGAUUUAAAAUGCUUCCUCUAUAUCUAAUAAGACUGGAGUCUCUUACUCCCAAAGCCUCACAUAGAAGGUUUGAAGGUGAAACAGAGAGGGCUAAAUUGUUUGCACUGUGAGGGGACUCUGUGUUUAGAAAUAAAUGGCUGGACCUGGAAGUUGAUACAGUAACUGUAAGGUAAGAGAAAGCCGUAGAGGUUGUUGUUGUUAAUCUUCAAGUUGAUGAUGCGUGCAUCUCUUCUAGACUGGUCCUCAGGGAAGUGCCCCCCACCUCAAAUUGGUAAACAACGUAACCUAAAAAAGACUAUGGAAUAAAUCCCAUCACAGGAUUAGAGAGAGAGAGAUGUCCCCUUUGCAUUUCAAUUAAGACAGAAGGCAUAAGCCACUGUGAUGCAGCAAGGCUUGAAUUUUAGAAAGAUCAUUAACAUUUUAUAUAAAUAGGUUGAAUAUGUAUGCAUUUUUAUUGAUUUAUUUUCAUAAAUUUUCUGGAAACUUAACACUCCUCAAGUAUUUUUUUAUUCACAGAAAAAGCUCCCCACUGUCUAAGUAAGGACACAACGUAUUACGGCUCUAGUAAAGGUGAUAAUGACUCUGCAUGUAAUAUGGAAGCUUUUAUGAUGUAAUGUUUUUGUUAUGAUGUGAUGAUUUUUGUUUUGAUUUGUUUUCAAAUCAAAUUGAUAACAAACACACAGCCAUAUCUGAGUAACAAAAGCAUUAGCAAUACCUUGAACAAUCAGUUGACCUCGUCAAGUUAACACAAAAAUGGAAGGGUCAAGGAAAACCUUGUGGAUUGUUGAUACAUGCAUCCAAUAAUACAAAGCAACGUGCCUCAAUAUUAACACAGAGAGAAAUUCAAUUUUUAGUGUUUAGGUUAACAGAAACUGUACAUUGAGAUCCUAUUGUUUGAGUAGCCUUGGGGCAAGGCACUUGUAUUUGUACACGCAGCGCACAAAAAUGUGUGCAUUCUUUUGCUCUGCUGUGCAUCUCAAGGCCUGGUAGGAACAGUAGUUAUGUGGCUCAGCCAGGACUCUGUGACAUAGGACUGCUGCAGGUGAACCAGCACGGCUGAUCUCUCCUAUUUCUUUUUCUGGUGAAGAUUUCUGUGUAGACCGAAACAGCACAGUAUGACUUGGUAGCAAGAUGGUGCCGACAGACAGGGUUGCCUCGCUUCUAGUCCUUAGAAAACUAUUCAGUAUUUUGUUUUUGUAUGUAUUAUUUCUUACAUUGUUGGCCCAGAAAAUCUUAAGUGUUAUUACAUACAGCUGGGAAGAACUAUUGGAUAUCAGAGCGCCGUCAACUUACCAACAUUACGACCAGGAAUAUGACUUUCCUGAAGCGGAUCUUUUGUUUGCACCACCACCCAGGGCAUUUGAUCUGAUUCCAGAGGCCGACCCAAAACAACCUCGCCGCAGAAGAGCUUCUGACCUUCUGGUCAGACUUCAGAGUUGUGCACACCACCCACCGCUUCUGAGUAUAUUACUCGCCAAUGUCCAGUCUCUAGAUAACAAGGUUGAUGAAAUUACAGACAUCAGAGAUUGUAAUAUACUCUGUUUCACAGAAACAUGGCUUACCCGGGAUAUGUUGUCGGAGUCGGUACAGCCACCGGGAUUCCUUAUGCGUCACGCCGACAGAAAUAAACAUCACCCUAGGAAGAAGAAGGGCGGGGGGGUGUAUGCUUCAUGAUUAACGACUCAUGGUGUAAUCAUAACAACAUACAGGAACUCAAGUCCUUUUGUUCACCUGACCUAGAAUACCUCCCAAUCAAAUGCCGACCAUAUUAUCUCCCAAGAGAAUUAUCGUUGGUUAAUGUCACAGCCGUAUAUAUCCCCACUCUUGCCGAUACCAUGAUGAUCCUCAAGGAACUUCACUGGACUCUCUACUCUCCUUGUUCCAAGAUGUCGUAGCAGUCAGAUGUCCUUUGUCCUCGUCUUGUCCCGUAUGUAUAUUUUAUAUCUUUUUAUAUUUUUCUUCGCAUAUCUUUUUAGAUAUUUUUUCUAAAAACUCAACUUCAAACUCUCACACUCUCCUGCAACCAGCCUUUUUUUUCCAAAAGUAUUAUUCACCUCGUAUCCGAAAUCCACAAAAGAAGUUAGCCAGCUCACUAGCUAAGGUUAGUAUUCAGCUAACCACGGCUAGCGGUCAUCAGCUAUCCUUUAGCUCGGAAAGCUAUCACCAGUUUUGUACAACGCGACUCAGACAAGAGCAUACCGGACCUAUUUUCUCUCCAUAUCCCCGGAUUUCUACCGCAAGCUUUGGACAUUUACACCUGGACCUUGCAGCUAACUAGCUGCUAUCCGAGUGACUAUUGGCUAACGUAGAUUUCGGAGCAAACACCAAUUAUCCCGGAGCUAGCCAGCUGAAGAGUUCCGUCAGCCACUCCUGGGCUACAAUCACCUAUCCCGGCCCUGUUUUACUGCCGAUGCGGAGCCCCAUCAGGCCUUCACGACUAGAAUACCAACGUUAUUUGCCCGAGGGAGUUAUUCAACUGGCCCCUCCAUCGCGACGUAACCUGAACGCUAUUUGCUAACGGCGGCCCGCUAAUUGUUAGCUGUCUUGAGCAUAUCGGCUGCUAUCUGAACAGGUCUGUCGAACAAUCUUCUUGGGCCACUAUAACUAUUUUGACAAUUGGAUUGGUCCCCUCUACCACACGGAACCCCACUAAUCUACCAACGGAAACGCACGGGGUGGCUAAAAACAGACCCCCAUCUUCUGCUAGCUUGCUACCCAUGGCUCGGCUAGCUGUCUGAAUCGCCGUGACCCCAACCGACCUCACUACUCAUUGGACACUUAUGAUCGCUCGGCUGAGCAUGCCUCUCCUUAAUGUCAAUAUGCCUUGUCCAUUGCUGUUCUGAUUAGUGUUUUUUGGCUUAUUUCACUGUAGAGCCUCUAGCCCUGCUCAUUAUACCUUAUCCAACCCUUCAGUUCCACCACCCACACAUGCGAUGACAUCACCUGGUUUCAAUUAUGUUUCUAGAGACAAUAUCUCUUUCAUCAUCACUCAAUUCCUAGGUUUACCUCCACUGUAUUCACAUCCUAUCAUACCGUUGUCUGUACACUAUACCUUGAAUCUAUUUUAUCGCCCCCAGAAACCUGCUCCUUUUACUCUCUGUUCCAGACGUCAUAGACGUCCAAUUCUCAUAGCUUUUAGCCAUACUCUUAUCCUACUCCUCCUCUGUUCCUCUGGCGAUGUAGAGGUGAAUCCAGGCCCUGCAGUGCCUAGCUCCACUCCUAUUCCCCAGGCGCUCUCUUUUGAUGACUUCCGUAACUGUAAAAGCCUUGGUUUCAUGCAUGUUAACAUUAGAAGCCUCAUCCUUAAGUUUGUUUUAUUCACUGCUUUAGCACACUCUGCCAACCCGGAUGUCUUAGCCGUGUCUGAAUCCUGGCUUAGGAAGACCACCAAUAACUCUGAAAUCUCCAUCUCUAACUACAACAUUUUCAGACAAGAUAGAAUGGCCAAAGGGGGCGGUGUUGCAAUCAACUGCAGAGAUAGCCUGCAGAGUUCUGUCCUACUAUCCAGGUCUGUACGCAAACAAUUAGAACUUCUACUUUUAAAAAUCCACCUCUCUAAAAACAAGUCUCUCAGCGUUGCCGCCUGCUAUAGACCACCCUCUGCCCCUGCUGUGCUCUGGAUACCAUAUGUGAACUGAUUGCCCCCCAUCUAUCUUCAGAGCUCGUGCUGCUAGGUGACUUAAACUGUGACAUCCUUAACACCCUGGCCAUCCUACAAUCUAAGCUUGAUGCCCUCAAUCUUACACAAAUUAUCAAUGAAAAUACCAGGUACAACCCCAAAGCCGUAAACACGGGCAACCUCAUAGAUAUCAUCCUAACCAACUUGCUCUCUAAAUACACCUAUGCUGUUUUCAACCAAGUUCUCAGCGAUCACUGCCUUAUUGCCUGCAUCCGUAAUGGGUCAGCGGUCAAACGACCUCCACUCAUCACAAUCAAACGCUCCCUGAAACAGCAGGCCUUUUCUUAUCAACCUGGCCCGGGUAUCCUGGAAGGAUAUUGACAUGACAGACAUGAUUCUAACACUUUUAGAAACUUCAGAGUGUUUUCUAUCCAAAUAUACUAAUAAUGCAUAUCUUAUCUUCUGGGAAUGAGUAGCAGGCAGCUGAAUUUGGGCAUGCUUUUCAUCCAAAAUUCCAAAUGCUGCCCCUAUCCUAGAGAAGUUAACGCUGGUCUGACCAAUCGGAAUCCACGCUUCAAGAUUGUUUUGAUCACAUGUGCUGGGAAAUGUUCCGGGUAACUUCAAAGAAUAAUAUCAAUUUAUACUCUGAAUCGGUGAGUGAGUUUAUAAGGAAGUGCAUUGGAGAUGUUGUACACCUACUCUAACCAGGAACUGUGGAUAGAUAGCGGCAUUCGCGCAAAACUGAAAGCGCGAACAACCGCAUUUAACCAUGGAAAGAUGCCUGGGAAUAUGACUGAAUACAAACCGUGUAGUUAUUCCCACUGAAAGGCAAUCAAACAAGCGAAAUGUCGGUAAAGGGACCAAGUGGAGUCUCAAUUCAAUGGCUCAGACACAAGACGUACAUGGCAGGGUCUACAGGCAAUCACAGACUACAAAAUGAAAGCCAUCCACGUCAUGGACACCGAUGUCUUACUUCCAAGACAAACUAAAAACCUUCUUUGACCGCUUUGAGAAUAAUACAGUGUCACCGAUGUGGCUCGCUACCAAGGACUGUGAGCUCUACUUCUACAUGGCCGACGUGAGUAAGACAUUUAAACGUGUCGCAAUGCUCGCAAUGCUGCCGGCCUAGAUGGUAUCCCUAGCCGCGUCCUCAGAGCACACGCAGACCAGCUGGCUGGUGUGUUUACGGACAUAUUCAAUCUCUCUCCAUCCCAGUCUGCUGUCCCCACAUACUUCAAGAUGACCACCAUUGUACCUGUACCUAAGAAGGCAAAGGUAACUGAACUAAAUGACUAUAGCCCCAUAGCACGCAUUCUGUCAGCAUGAAGUGUUUUGAGAGACUGGUCAAGGAUCAUAUCACCCCCACCUUAUCUGCCACCCUAGAGCCACUUCAAUUUGAAUACCGCCCCAAAAGGUCCACAGACAAUGCAAUCGCCGUCACACUGCAUACUCCCCUAUCCCAUCUGGACUAGAGAAAUACCUAUGUAGAAAUGCUGUUCAUUGACUACAGCUCAGAAUUCAACACCAUAGUACCCUCCAAGCUCAUCAUUAAGCUUGAGGCCCUGGGUCUCAACCCCGCCCAAUGCAAUUGGGUCCUGGACUUCCUGACGGGUCGCCCCCCAGGUGGUGAAGAUAGGAAACAACAUCUCCACUUCACUGAUCCUCAACACUGGGGCCCGACAAGGGUGCAUGCUCAGCCCCCUCCUGUACUCCCUGUUCACCCAUGACUGCAUGGUCAUGCAUGCUUCCAACUCAAUCACCCAAGUUUCCAGACGACACAACAGUAGUAGGCUUGAUCACCAACAAUGACAAGACAGCCUAUAUGGAGGAGGUGAGGGUCUCUUGGAAUGUGGUGUCAGGAAAACAACCUCUCACUCAAAGUGAACAAAACAAAGGAGAUGAUCGUGAACUUCAGGAAAUAGCAGAGCGAGUACCCCCUAUCCACAUCGACAAGACAGCAGUGAAGAAGAUGAAAAGUUUUAAGUUCCUCGGCAUACGCAUCACGGACAAACUGAAAACGUCCACCCACACAGACAGUGUGGUGAAGAAGGCGCAACAACGCCUCUUCAACCUCAAGAGGCUGAAAAAAUGUGGCUUGUCACCUAAAACCCUCACAAACUUUUACAGAUGCACAAUUAAGAGCAACCUAUCAGGCUGUAUCACCUCCUUGUAUGGCAACUGCACCACCCACAACCGCAAGGCUCUCCAGAAGGUGGUGCGGUCUGCACAGCGCAUCACUGGGGGCAAACUACCUGCCCUCCAGGACACCUACAGCACCUGAUGUCACAGGAAGGCCAAAAGGAUCAUCAAGGACAACAACCACCUGAGCCACUGCCUGAUCCCUCCACUACCAUGCAGAAGGCGAGGUCAGUACAGGUGCAUCAAAGCUGGGACCGAGAGACUGAAAACAGCUUUUAUUUCAAGGCCACCAGCAUUUUAACUUUUGGGUGAAUAGCGUGCCCAGAGUAAACUGCCUCCUACUCAGUCCCAGAUGCUAAUAUAUGCAUAUUAUUAGUAGUAUUUGAUAGAAAACUGUCUGUGAGUAUAACAGAACUCAUAUGUCAGGCAAAAAUCUGAGAAAAACGUUUUUGAACUCAGCCCCUAUCGAAUACACAGUGGGAUAUGGGUCAUUUUGCACUUCCUAAGGCUUCCACUAGAUGUCAACCGUCUUUAGAACGUUGUUUCAGGCUUGUACUGUGUAGGGGGAGCGAAUGAGAGCUGUUUGACUAAGGGGUCUGGCAGCAGCCUCGUUCUCAGUCACGCGCAUUUCACAUGAGAGGUAGCUUUUCUACAGAAAAUGGAAUUCUCCGGUCGGAACAGUAUUGAAAAUGUAUGAUAAAAACAUCCUUAAGAUGAAUUCUAUACUUAGUUUGACAAGUUUCUACGACCUGUAAUAUUACUUUUUGAACUUUUCUUCCGAUGUUCGGCUGGACCUGAACACGCGUUUGGAUUUGUUUACACAACGCGCUAACAAAAGAAGCUAUUUAGACAUAAAUGAUGGACAUUAUCUUACAAAACAAACAUUUAUUGUGGAACUGCGAUUCCUGGGAGUGCAUUCUGAUGAAGAUCAUCAAAGGUAAGGGAAUAUUUAUAAUGCUAUUUCUGACUAAUGUUGACUGCGCAACAUGGCGGAUAUUUAUUUUGGCUGGUUUGGGCUCUGAGCUACAUACUCAGAUUAUUUUCCGUAAUGUUUUUUUGAAAACUGACACAGCAGUUGCUUUAAUUAAGGAGAAGUGUAUCUAAAGUUCCAUGCAUAACACUUGAAUUUUCAUCAACAUUUAUAAUGAGUAUUUCUGUGAAUUAAUGUGGCUCACUGCAAAAUCACAACAUGUUUUUUAACUACUGAACAUAACACACCAAUGUACAAUUUGAUUUUUGGAUAUAAAUAUGCACUUUAUCGAUCAAAGCAUAAAUGUAUUGUGUAACAUGAAGUCCUAUGAGUGUCAUCUGAUGAAGAUCAUCAAAGGUUAGUGAUUAAUUAUUUGAUCUCUAUUUGUGCUUUUUGUGACUCCUCUCUUUGGCUGGAAAAAUGGCUGGGUUUUUCUGUGACUUGGUGGUGACCUAACAUAAUCGUUUGUGAAGCUUUCGCUGUAAAGCACUGUUGAAAUCAAACAGUCUGGCUGGAUUAACGAUAAUUUUAUCUUUAAAAUGGUGCCUAAUACUUGUAUGUUUGAGAAAUUUGAUUAAUGAGAUUUCUGUUGAAUAGUAUUUGGUGCCCUGCAAUUUCAUUGGCUGUUGGCGAGGGGUUCCGCUAACAGUGGAAACAACCGUCACUAACACAGAGAGGCUGCUGCCUACAUACAGGCUUGAAUUCAUUGGCCACUUUAAUAAAUGGAUCACUACUCACUUUAAUAAUGCCUCUAUAAUAAGGUUUACAUAUCUUUCAUUACUCAUCCCAUAUGUGUAUAUACUGUAUUUUUAUACCAUUUAUUGCAUCUUGCCUAUUGCCGCUCGGUCAUCACUCAUCCAUAUAUUUAUAUGUAUAUAUUCUUAUUCAAUCCCUUUACUUAGAUUUCUGUGUAUUAGGAAGUUGUUGUUGAGUUGUUAGAUUACUUGUUAGAUAUUACUGCACUGUCAGAACCUGAAGCACAAGCAUUUCACUACACUUGCAAAAACAUAUGCAUGUGACCAAUAAAAUUAAUAUUUGAUUUAUCGUUAACUGUUUUUAUAAUGGAGAGCGUGUUGCACGCCACCUUCGAAUGUCCCUCAUGAACCCCACAGAUCUCCCAGCUCCGUGGGAUAGACAGGAAGUUCACCUUGCUGCAUGCCCUUGUGGAGCAGAUCA